UUGAGUUCUGCACGCACGUAUACUUUAUUUUUAACUGUAUUGAUAACUGUUGAUAAAAUGGCGCCGUCAGUGGUUGAGUUCUAUGAAGGGAAGUGUGUUUUCAUAACAGGAUCGACUGGUUUCCUUGGUAAGGCAUUAGUCGAGAAGUUACUGAGAACCUGCCCAGGUAUUCACACUAUUUACCUCUUGCUGAGGGAAAAGAGAGGUGUGAGUUGCGAGGACAGAUUGAAAGCACUCUGCAGUAACAAGAUAUUUGAACAUCUUCGUGAGAAGCAACCGGGUGUAUUCAACAAACUGAAGCUGAUCGCGGGAGACAUCUUGGAAGAUGAACUGGGCAUCUCCAACGAUGACCGUCAAGAGUUACAGCGACAUUGCAAUGUUGUGUUCCAUAGCGCUGCCUGUGUAAGAUUUGAUCAGAAAUUAAAAGACGCUGUUAAUAUGAACACAAUGGGUACUCUACGAGUUUUAAAAUUGGCUGAGACAAUGGAAAAUCUCGAGGCAUUCGUCCAUCUGUCCACGGCAUAUUGUCGCUGUGAACUCGACAUAUUGGAUGAGAAACUGUACCCUGCAGUUCACAAUCCAGAGAAGAUCAUCGAUCUCGUGGAAUGGCUAGAUGACUCAACACUUAGCUACUUAGAGCCAAAAUUAAUAUCAUCGGAACCUAAUACCUAUUCUUAUACAAAAGCGAUAACAGAAGAUCUCGUCGCUGAAUACAGUUCGAAAUUUCCAAUUGCGAUUGGGCGACCUUCUAUUGUAACUGCAGCUUGGAAGGAACCCAUGCCCGGUUGGGUCGACAAUCUUAAUGGACCGACUGGACUUGUUAUUGGUAGUGGAAAAGGUGUUAUACGGAGCAUGCACUGUGAGCCAUCUUACAUGGCCGAUGCAAUUCCGGUCGAUGUUGUUGUGAAUGGAUGUAUCCUAAUAGCCUACACUACUGCGUUGGAUAAACCUAAAGAUCUUCGUAUAUUUAAUAUUACUUUAUCCGAAGUUCAAAAAAUUACGUGGCGAGAAGUGAUCGAGUUAGGUGAGAAAUGGGUCAACACUUAUCCUUACACGGUCGCGUUGUGGUACCCGGGUGGUACCAUCAAGUCGUAUUGGUUUACUCACCAACUCACCGUGAUCUUCAUACACAUUUUGCCAGCAUAUUUACUUGAUAUGCUUCUGUUUUUGUUGGGAAGGAAGACCUUCAUGGUUAAUCUUCAAAAGCGAAUCAGCCAUGGCUUGAACAUCAUCCAAUACUAUACAACUAAGGAGUGGAACUUCAAGAAUACGAACUUCUUGUCUCUACAAAAGAGAGUCAGUGAGGCGGAAAACAAUAUUUUCUUCACUGAUGUCUCGACGUUGGACCGUGAUGAAUACUUACGGGACUAUGUCAUAGGCACGAGGCAUUAUGUGUGUAAGGAAGAUCCUUCGACUCUGCCUAGAGCUAGAAAGCUACAUAGAAUCCGUUACUGGGUCGACGUGGUGACGAAGAUUUUAUUAUUGUCCUUAUUAUUUUGGUUUUUAUAUUCGAAAUGCGGUAUACUAAAUGUAAUAGAUUCCGUAUAUAAUUACGUUUACAGUAUCACCAAUAAUAAUAAUAUUAGUGACAUUUAGUGUAAAAACCACAUUGGAGCA